AAGUAUCGUUGUAUUUCUUGUUCUUAGCUUCUUUAAAUUAACAGAUCAAAAAUCAAGAAAUGGAGGGCCUCAGCAGCGCACCAAUUUGUAAUAUCUAUUGCAAGGCUGCACCAACCCUGUUCGUCAGCAUGAGAAAUGGCAAGGUGGCCUUGGCUCCGGCAAAUGCCAAUGAUAAGUAUCAGCAAUGGUACAAAGUUGAGAAGAGCCAAGGAAACAAUAACGAGGGCUCUUGCUUUUCUUUGGUUAACAAAGCCACUCUGCAUGCCAUCAAGCACCCUGCUGUCAAUCGACCUGUGGAAGUAACUUCUUACUCAUGCGCUUGCAAUACCAAUGAUGAGCCUAUACUAUGGACCGAGUGCACCGUGGGCGAUGCAGAUGGUUACAAAUCUAUAACAAUGGUUAAUAACACUAAGCUGUGUUGGGAUGUUAAUGGUGGCGAUGUAAAGGACGGUGCUUCUAUUGGAAUCGAUUAUUGGGUUGGAAAAGAUAUUGAGCGCUGGCUCAUUGCACCAUGUGGUGAGUUAAUUUUUCAUUAAUUUUUUUAAAAUAUAGAUAGACAAAAUUAGUGCCAUUUAGUUUUUCUAAUUCAAUAAAUCAAUUUUAAAUCC